AUACCCUGUGACGCGCUGGAUCGACGAUUUUGGAAAAAUAAUGGAUACAUACUGCGUGUCGGAGAAAAAACGUUUCAUUUUCGCCAAACGUUUGUUGACAGGAUCGGCCAGAUCAUUCAUGAUUGAGACGGCUGCUCUCACUUGGCCGGUACUGCGAGCGGAGUUGAUAGCUGUGUUCGAUCUCAGGGUCACCGUGUUCGACAUCUUCAAGCAAUUAGAAGCCAGAAAGAAGUCGAAGAAUGAGAGCGCCCUACAAUAUUUUUUCGUCAUGUGCAGCAUUGCGCGACAAGUCGAGGUGGCAACGGAGGAUAUAAUUCGAUUCGUCGUUGAAGGCUUAGGAGACAAUUCGGGAGCUGCGUCGGCAAUGGCUUAUUGCGAAUCGUUGGAUGAGCUGCGCACAAAAAUUACGAUUUAUGACAAAAUAAAGAAGGUGCCCGUCCAGCCGUCAAAAGGAGAGGAGCAGCCUAAGAUGAUGAAGCCUCAAGUUCGUGCCAAUUAUAUGCAGGAUCCUGAAGCUAUUCGCUGCUAUAAUUGUCGAGGAAUGGGCCAUUUGGCGAGGGAUUGCCGACAACCUAAGAGACCGGAUGGAGCCUGUUUCAAGUGUUACAGUGUGGAUCACAAGUACCAGCAGUGCCCCAAGCGAAAGACGACGACUAUGGUAGCAGCAGUGCUGGACGAUAAGGGAUCUGGCUCGGAGGAAUUGGCAGCGGUCCAAGCUUUGGAAAUAUGAGGAUUGCUAGGUGAAAAGGGAAAAUAUAUACGUAUACAUCCGCAAAUGCCAAUGCAGGAAGUUCUAC